AUGCGUGUCCUUGUAGGCGACGAAACCGGACUGCUCAAGUCCAUUGAGCUGGAGAAGAAUGAGCAGCGUAUUUUGUCCAGUCGCGUGAAGCCUCAGGCGCGAUCCCGCAGCAUUCAGCGUCUCUGCUGGUACGCGGACGAGCGGGAUGCUGCCGAUUUCCAGCGCAACGUGGUGUUGGCACGCGCUGACGGCGUCGUGGAGAGCUAUGAGGCCAUAACACGCGCUGUGUGGGACUCGACGUCAUCCGCAAAUUCGGCUCGGUGGUGCAAUGCUCGGACACGGGCGACGUGUUGUAUGAUGCGACUUGAGUCCGCAACGCAGACGGUCAUUGGUGUAGGAGGCAAGGAACACGACCUUAACUUGUGGUCUUUGGAGACGCAGCAGGUCCUUUUUAAGGCUAAGAACGUGACGCAUGACAAGCUGGACAUGCGCGUGCCUGUGUGGGUUAAAGAUUUGCGCUUCCUGUCCUCACCAGGCAACAGUAAUGGCCACCGUGUCAUUGUGGGAACAGGCCAUCGCCACGUGCGGAUCUACGACUCCAACACUAAGAGAAGACCAGUGCAACAGCUCGAUAACUUCGGCGAGAACCCUAUCCAGUCGCUGUGUGUGUCACCGGACGAGACUCAAGUGUAUGUAGGCGACACAGCAGGCAACUUGGACAUUCUGGACCUGCGUACGUUGAAGCACAUGGGUCGAUGCACAGGCCCCGUGGGUUCAAUCCGAGACAUCGCGUGCCACCCGACACUGCCAUAUAUCGCGGCGGUGGGACUGGACCGCAUGGUGCACGUUUUCGACGUCAACUCACGUAAAUAUCGCCACACGAUCUACGCCAAACAGCGUCUCAACAGCGUUCUGUUCUGUGCUGACGGCCUCAAGGACAUUCCAGUGGCUGACGACAAACCUUCGCGUAAGAAACAGAAAUCUGGCGACGAAGAGAUGACGUUCGAUGACGACGACGACGAGAUGGAGGAAGAAGAGUACGAAGGCCUCGAAAUCAGUGACAACGAAGAAGAGGACGACGAGGCCGACAGCGACAGUGACUAA